AUGUCGAAUGCAGAAGCCAGCAGAGCGUAUGAAAUCAUCGUAGAGUCCGUUGUGAAUGAAGUAAGAGAGGACUUUGAAAAUGCUGGUAUAGAUGAACAAACUCUACAAGAUCUGAAGAAUAUUUGGCAAAAAAAGCUUACAGAGACUAAAGUGACUACUUUCUCAUGGGAUAAUCAAUUCAAUGAGAGCAACGUUAAUGGUGUACAGAACGAUUUAAAUUUUAAUCUUUCUACGCCCAAUAUAAAUUCCAAUGAGUUCAAUAUUAAGGAGGAAAAUGGCGGUAACGAAAGAUUGAUUCUACCCAAUGCCAAUGCCAAUGCCAAUGCCAAUGCCAAUAACAGCAUGUCUCACACUGGAGGGACUAAUACUGGUAAUAAUACGGGAGAUGCAAGUAACGACACAGGUGCCCGUACAGACAUGAGUACAGAUGCAAACACAAAUACAGAUACAACUACAGCUAGCGGGCCGAACAUUGAAGUAAAACCGGAGAUAGAAAUAACCAUCGAAAACGCCCAUAUAAAUACCGUAGAAAGUGUAGAUGGAGAAGAGGAAAAGGAGGGAGAAGAGGAGGAAAAAACCCAGAAGGAAAAGGAGCAGAUAGAGCAAGUAAAAUUGCAAGCAAAGAAGGAAAAAAGAAGUGCAUUGUUAGAUACGGAUGAGGUGGGUUCUGAAUUAGAUGAUUCUGACGACGACUAUCUAAUUUCUGAGGGCGAAGAAGAUGGACCAGAUGAGAACUUAAUGCUCUGUUUAUACGAUAAAGUCACAAGGACCAAAGCUAGGUGGAAGUGUAGUUUGAAGGAUGGGGUAGUGACCAUUAAUAGAAACGACUACACCUUUCAAAAGGCUCAGGUUGAAGCAGAAUGGGUAUAA